AUGGCGGCGACGCGGCUCGUGUACGGCAUAUCGUCCGCUCCUGCGGCGUUCCAGCGCCUGAUGGAGCAGCUCCUGGCUGGCCUGCCGCACGUCGCCGUUUUUCUCGACGAUGUGUGCAUCACGGGCCACAAUGAUGAAGAACAUCGCCACAACGUGGAAGCGGUGCUGAAGCGUCUGCUGGACGCCGGUCUUCGGCUGAAUCCGAGCAAGUGCAAGUGGAUGACAAAUGACGUGGAGUAUCUGGGCUACCGCGUUGAUCGUGACGGCAUCCAUCCCACAGCCGCGAAGGUGCGUGCGGUGGCGGAGGCGCCGCCACGUGCAGACACCAAGCAGCUGAAGGCGUACCUGGGUCUUCUCAUGUACUACUCGAAGUUCUUGGACAACCUGGCCACCGUGGCGGCACCGCUGUAUCGGCUCCUGAAGGCGGAUCAGCCGUGGCGCUGGGGAUCAGCCGAGGACGCGGCGUUCGCUCGCACCAAACAGCUGCUGGUGCAGGCGCCGUGUCUCGCGCACUACGAUGCAGCCCUGCCGCUCGUCCUGUCGGUGGAUGCCAGCCCAUACGGGCUCGGCGCGGUGCUGUGGCGCAUGGCGCUGCAGGCGUACCAGUACAAGCUGGUGUACGCCCCCUCAGCUCGGCAGACUCACAGUGACGGACUGAGCCGUCUCCCUCUGGCGGUGUACCCGACCAGUGCUCCGGAUCCUGGAGAUAUCGUCUGCCUUCUGGAGUCUGUGGAUCAGCUGAUUCGUGUCGAUCAGAUCCGUCGGUGCACCGCCCGUGACCCAGCCACUCCGGUGUCUGAAAGCCCCUGGCCGUAUCCGGAGGCGCCCUGGGAUCGCCUUCAUAUGGACUACGCGGGCCCGGUGGACGGACAAAUGAUCCUGGUGCUAGUUGAUGCGCAUUCUAAGUGGAUAUCGGCAUACCCGACUGCGUCGCCCACGGCGGAGGCGACCAUUGAGAGGCUGAGGAUGGCUUUUGCAGAACACGGAGUGCCGCGUGUGAUAGUCUGUGACAACGCGGCGGUGUUUACCGGUGACGCGCUCCGUCAGUUUCUUACCGGUAAUGGUGUACAGCACGUGCUCUCUCCACCUCUCCACCCGAAGUCGAACGGCCAGGGAGAGAGUGCUGUCAAAGUGAUCAAGAUCGGUCUGAAGAAGCAGACUGAGGGGUCGUUCCAGACGCGCCUAAGUCGGGUGCUGUUUCAGUAUCGCACAACUUCCCACUCCACCACCGGCGUGACGCCCGCGGAGCUCCUCUAUGGCCGGCCAAUGGCUACCCAUCUGACGCGGCUGCAGCCAGACGGCGCUCUGCUCGACCGAGUCCGGACCAAACAGGAAAGACAAACACUGGCGAACAACCGGCACUGUACCGGAGAGCGACAAUUCGAGCCGGGUGACCGGGUGUAUGUGUCGUCGGUGGGCCAGCGCCUCUGGCAGCCGGCAGUGGUAGUGGCCGCGUCUGGCUGUCAGUAUGACGUCCAGCUGCCGGACGGUCGUCGGUUUCGGCGCCAUAUCGACCACCUCCGAGCUCGGUUUGCUGACAGUUUGUCAGUUGAUAGGAGUGUGACCGCGUCUGAUCCUGGCGGAGAACGUUGUGAGCGCGGUACGUGCUUUGCGUUUCCGACCGAACGAAUUGAUCGUCAGAGCGGACAGAUCAGCGGCCACGUCUUUUUCAAGCAGCAGCAGUUUGGCGUGAGCACGAGGGUGAACUCCGUGGACCGAGUGCGUGAGCUCGGGUACAGCGUUCUGGAGCGAGAUACAACGCAUUGCUGGUGUGGCCUCGGCUCCGGCGGCGGCGGCGGCGGCUCGUUCGUCGGGCUCGGCUUCAUUCGGGGAGGUGGCCGUCGUCUCGGCGGGGAGGGCGGAGGUGGCGGCCCCGGCGGCGGCGGCGGCGGCGGCGGCGGCGCUCGUGCCGGUGCUGGUGGCCGUCGCUGGUCUGCUCUCGCCUGCGUCCGGGUUCCGGCGUCUGCCGGUGCUGACGGGGGCGAGGCCGAGCUGCGUCGCAUCCUCUUCCAUCCAUCAAACCCGACGUAA